UUGCAAACAAUUAUCAAACAAAAAAUUUAAAAAGUGCAAUAAUAAUGUUUAAAAUAAACUACAAAUUAUAAAUUAAAAAAUAUUUUAUGUCAGUUAAUUCGUCAAAACACGAAUCUGAAAAUACCACUCAGGAACAGGUGUUUUUGAUAGAAAAGUGUGUUGCUGUUCCCAUCGUAAUUAUUUAUUUACUGUGAUGUGAAUAAUAUAAAAGUGUAUCGAUCCAGUGUAUAUUACAUUACCUUUAUACAGUGGCAUUUUCAAUAGUGAUAUAACUUAAUAAAGUUGUACAUUGAAAACUCGCUACCGGUUGUUACUAAACGCUAUGAAGUGUAGCUAUAGGACAGUGUUUUAUCAAAGGUGAUAAUGUUUUUCAAGGCUUUUCUAUGGUGUGCAGCGUUAUGAGGUGCAAAUUAAGGUGAAAGUGAGCCGUGGCUAGCAUGCCACAUCAAUACGGCGCGGGCGCUGGUGGGUUGGGCGGGCGCCCACCAUCCCCGCCGCCGCAACCUGGCGCCUUGUAUCCGCGCUAUGCCGCAGCAGCGGGACCUGGCGCCGGCGCCUAUCGCCCCGAAGAACGCCGCCUUACUAGAGAAGCUAUGGAGAGAUAUCUCCGGGACCGAUCUGAUAUGGUUGUAGUCAUCUUGCACGCUAAAGUAGCUCAAAAAUCCUAUGGUAAUGAGAAAAGGUUCUUUUGUCCGCCUCCCUGUAUCUAUCUCUUUGGUGAUGGAUGGAGACUGAGAAGGGAAAGAAUGCUCCGAGAAGGUGAAACUGAGCAAGCAUCACAGCUUUGUGCAUUCAUUGGCAUAGGUAACUCAGACCAGGAUAUGCAGCAGCUAGAUUUAAAUAAUGGAAAACAGUACUGUGCUGCUAAAACCUUGUACAUAUCAGAUUCAGAUAAGAGAAAACAUUUUAUGUUAUCGGUCAAAAUGUUCUAUGGCAAUGGUCAUGAUAUUGGUAUUUUUAAUAGUAAGAGAAUAAAAGUUAUUUCUAAGCCGUCUAAAAAGAAGCAAUCACUGAAGAAUGCUGAUUUAUGUAUAGCCAGUGGUACAAAAGUUGCCCUGUUUAAUAGAUUAAGGUCACAGACUGUUUCAACAAGAUACCUGCAUGUAGAGAAUGGUAAUUUUCAUGCAUCCUCUACACAGUGGGGCGCUUUUACAAUUCAUUUAUUAGAUGAUAAUGAGAGUGAAUCAGAAGAGUUUGCUGUCAGAGAUGGUUAUGUACAUUAUGGCUCAACAGUGAAGCUGGUUUGUUCUGUGACAGGCAUGGCAUUACCUAGAUUAAUAAUAAGAAAGGUAGACAAACAGAUGGCUUUGCUAGAGGCCGAUGACCCAGUCUCACAACUUCAUAAAUGUGCAUUCUAUAUGAAGGACACAGAGAGGAUGUACCUUUGUUUAUCACAAGAAAGAAUUAUACAGUUUCAAGCAACUCCUUGCCCCAAAGAACCAAAUAAAGAAAUGAUUAAUGAUGGAGCCUGCUGGACCAUUAUAUCAACGGAUAAGGCGGAAUAUCAGUUUUAUGAAGGAAUGGGACCAGUCAGGUCUCCAGUAACACCUGUUCCGCUUGUUCACUCGUUGAAUCUAAAUGGUGGCGGAGACGUCGCCAUGUUAGAACUCGCCGGUGACAACUUCACGCCGUCUCUGCAAGUGUGGUUCGGAGACGUGGAAGCAGAGACGAUGUACCGAUGCGCUGAGUCCAUGCUCUGCGUAGUACCGGAUAUAUCGCAGUUCAGGGGACAGUGGCUUUGGGUGCGGCAGCCAACUCAGGUACCAGUAUCACUUGUAAGAAAUGACGGGAUCAUAUACGCCACUGGCCUUACAUUCACCUACACGCCUGAACCUGGCCCACGGCCGCUCUGCGCACCAGUCGAUGACGUCAUGCGACCAGAACAGGCCUGGCACCAUGACACGCACAGACUACCAGACAGCAUUCAAUAACACAGGUUUUCCUGAUGCUGUUCAUCCAAAGAAUGUCUGCGGUGAGUGUAGUUUAGUGCUUUAGGCAUUCCAAAACAUAAAUCAAACUAAGCCUGUCAAAUGUGACAUUGACAUUUUGAUUGUCAUUUGUUUGUGGUUUAUUGGAAUAACCUAAGGCUACUGACAAGUUUGGAGACUAGAGCUAGCUUAUCACUUAUUAAAACCGAUACACUGGGGCUAAGACAAAAUCACUUUUCACAGGUCAUAUAGACCACCAAACGCCAAAUGAAUUUAUAUGAAAAUGGUCACUUGACAAAUUAUGAGAAAAUCUUAUUAUCAUAUUUGAAAUGUUUAUUUUGACAGUUUGAAAAAUAGGUAAAUAUGCCAUUCCAUGGCAUAUAAAGCAAAAGUGUAAUCUAGAGGGUAUGGAUUCGUUAAUUUAAAAAAAUGCGACGGUCAUUAUAAUGGGGGGGGGGGGGUCAAUUCGCCCAGCGAUAAUCUAGCUUUUAAGUGUCCAACAAACCUGUCAGUGUGUAAUGUAAUUUUAAGGCUGUAUGUUGGUACUUGGCAUUUACCUCUGAGAUUCUUAUGUAAUUUUUAUGUGUAUAAGAUUCGAAUCAACGUUUGUCUGCGAUAUAUCCGUCACUAGAUAUUUCUUGACAGGUUAUUUUACGCUUAUUUUUGUUGCAAUUUUGUUCGUGUAAACUUCAGGUAGAUAAUGUAAAACGGGAGGCGAAACUGACUCCACACAGACGAGAAUGUCCAAAGGCUUUUAUACAUUAUAAAAAUAGUGUUACUUAGAAUAAUCCGUAUAUAGGUUUUAAAAAGUGUUAUAAAAUAUAUUUUUUAUAAUAAAAUCCAGAUUAAAAAUGAUUUUCAUACGUUGACGGUCACAGAUUAGUCGAAUCGACUAUGGCGUCUGUUCUUGGACUUCAAUUUCGUCGGAGAUUUUGUUCGAAACAUGAGUAUAUUUUGUAAAAUUUAAAAUAUUAAACACGUAUUUGACGUUUGUUAAUGUGUUACAUGACUGACAUGUUACAUGUGAUAUGAUAUGUUUUGGCGGGAUCUUGAAUCUAUGAAUGUUAAAGCCAUAACAGAAUAAAAAUAACAAUUGGUUAUCUAUAGUCAAAUAGAUAAUCAGAAAUAGUUUUUAAAUUAGCCCGUUAAAUUUCCGUUUUACAUUCUUACCUAUUUAAUAUUGGACACGCAAAUAGUCCUUCCAUUAUAAUUUUACGUAACUGAACUUAAAUAAACCAUUUUAUAUAGUAUUAUAUUUAAAAAACCGCUUAACCUUUAUCAUUAGAUCACAGACAAUUAAGAUUAUGAUUAGCAUUAAAAUGAUAAUUGUUAAUGUCUUGAUUUAUAUGAAACCAUACCAUGGGAAUAUUUAUAACAAUACAGAUUCAGACACGAAUUUAUUUUUAAUUAAUUUAUUACAAUUUUUUGUCGGAAGAUACGUUUUUUUGUGUUAAAUACACAUUUAAAUAUCAAUAAAUAUACAAAAUACCGAGUAUGAAAUUUUUCGGUAAUUUUAUUGGGUUGAUAGAAGAAACCUUCCUGAGAUUACACUGGAGUAAAAACUCUUUUCAAAUAGCGUAAGGAAGCGUGUUUAGCCUAAGCCUGAAUUGUAUAAUGAACAACUGGUAAUAACGUGAUACUUGAAUCUGGUAAAGAUUUUUAAACUUAUGUCUAAACUGUUUGUCAAAGACUGGAAUUUCUUAAUACGGCUCUUUAAAAAAUUUAAAGACAUUUGUGUUCCGUUAUAAACUUUUUGACUACCUUCAUAAAGAACAAGAUUUAUGUUAUAUUCAAUUAGAUUAUUAUUAUUUCAAUAAAUUAACGUAAAAAUGCUGUACGUAAGUAUUAACUUGAUUUUUCGUUCCAUUUUGUAUAUACAAUUGUUUUAGUUGUAGACGAAAACGCUUGAUUUCAAAGAAAUAUAUUAAUAACAUAUAUUGUAUUGUGUCAUUACCAUAUAAACCCUAUGUCAUUGUGUAUGAGCACACUAUAUUUCAAUCAUUGUUAAUCAAUCAAUAUAAUUCUGAUGCGGCAGUCCAAGCUAGACUAAAAACGUCUCAUAGGAGUCAAAUAUGUGUAAAGGUUGGUUUUCAACAGUAUCCACGUGAUAAGCUGUUUAUUACAUUAGCUAAGUCCAUCCAUUUUGGUUGGUGUACACCAGAAUAAGCAUUAAACCUUUAAGAUUACGUGAUUAAUCGAUUUAACGUAUGCAAUAAAUGAACUGUGUGACGUAAAGAUGUAUUUUUAAAUACUUUUCGAUGGCUUUAUUUAUACAAGGCUAUUUGAAAAUCUCAUUACUCAUGAUGUUAGGGAAAAUGAAAUUACUCGACGCCAUAGUAACCAGGUACAAUUAGGAAAUCUUUAAUUACCAACAUGCGCAGGAAUUUUUUUAUUUAUUAACUUCGCGAUACAAUCGGUAUACCGAUAUCUGAGUUACAUUUUGAAUUAGAUUUUUACGCAUACAGAACACUUUGAUUGUUAAUCUUUUAUCAAUAAUUGUAUAUAUAUGUCGCAGCCAACUAGCUUAAUUAGCCGUUCAAUUAACAGCUAAGCUGUUCAACUAAACAGCGCCGUUUAACUAGCGGCCUGACGGAUAUUCAGGCAGUUGAUCAAACAGCUAGGAAAAUGACUUGGAUCGAUGUCGUUUCAUCACUUGCCUAACCUGUUGACGGUUAAUUUAAAUUUAGUUCAAAUUUCUGUCACUCUCAAACUCGAAACGAAACUUCAAACUGCGACUCAAGCAAUUUAAUUUGUUAAGACAUAUUUUUUAUAUCAGAUAUUUCAACUCUUUUAUUUCUGCCACAUGGUCACUCUAUCGUACGAUUGGCCAGCCUUUAGCCAGCCAGUUUAUUCAAUCUCGUUACAAACGCUACGGCUAUCUUUCAGGCCGCUAGUUAAACGGCGCUGUUUAGUUAAACAGCUUAGCUGUUAAUUGAACGGCCUAUUAAACUAGGUGGCUCACAUAUACACACAUUUAAAUGGCUCACAUUACACACUGUUACGUACUGUUUGAUACAGAUCUAUCAUUUUCAUCUUCAAAGUCUUUUUCUAUUUAUAAUGGACAAGAGAUCUUAAGUUUGAGUUUAUUGAAUUAUCUCCUAGAUACUUUUGGAUUCGACUAAUUUGCUUCGGCGUAUAUCGCUAUGUACAUAUAUUCAAAGACAAGACCAAAGGACAAUUCUUCAGUGCACAGUUAAUUGUCUUUUGUAAUACGUUUAAAUAUCUCAAUUAGUGUUUUAAUUGUAUAGAUUGUGUAAGUUAAAAUGUUUCUGUUAAUUUGUCAGAAAUGAACAAUGUAGCGUAAGUGUAGCGUAGUGACGGAUAGGGGUGAAAUUUUUACAAAAUUACGUACUGUAUUUAUAUAAGAGUGUGAUUUUGAACAUUCCAUGUGGAAAGUUUUAUAAGAAGUACAAAGUAUAUUCGAUAUUUUUGUAGAAAAAGUUUAAUGGAUUAUUUGGACGUAGUUUUAAUUUGUAUGUUGGAAGGAGGUUUUAUGGUGGCUCGGAUGGCUCACAAGUGACUCAAUCUUAGCUGGAAUUGGUGAUUCAAGGGUGGUGAUUCCAUUGAUGUAGCGACUAAAACUUUUGAAGUCAGCCGGCAGCACUUUAGCUGAGAACUACACGGUAUAAAAACUCAAUAUUUAAACAUCCGCAAAUCCGAGCCAACAUAAAUCUUCUCUUAUUCUGACAUUUUGAAAUCCGUCGAAGUGUUACAUUCAUAUACCUUUUGGUAUUCAAUCAAGAUUCAGAAAUUGUCAUUCAAACAUGGAUAUUUUAAUAAAUCUGAA